UAUAUAUAAAGAUUCAAAAAAUAUAAUUCGCUGUGAUUAUAAUUACAGAACGGAAUUUAAUUGCAUUCGAGUACUUGAAGAAUGACACGAUAAACUACUACAAUAUACAUUACAUCGAAUCCAAUCCCUUAAUAUAAGCUCGAGAAGAGGUUUUUCUCACAGACAGGCACGAGGAUGAAUCCACAAGAGAUGGCAAAAGGAACAAUUAAGAGGACGGCUUUCAGAUGACAUACUUACAAUUACGCUUCAGCCUUCAGGCGUGCGUUCGCAGGUAAAGUAGGGAAAGGAUACAUACAACUCGAUGGAGGAAAAUCUCACCAAUAGUUGGCGCUCGGAGACAAUUAUUUUCAAAUCUGAUAGACUGUUGACGCAUAACCUAUAUCGAGAAAGUAGACUUUAAUAAAUUAUAAUAAUGUUACCUCUGACUUUGCUAAAAACAGCGCAAAACCACCCCAUGUUGGUGGAGCUGAAAAAUGGGGAAACCUACAACGGUCAUUUAGUCAGCUGCGAUAACUGGAUGAAUAUAAACCUCAGAGAGGUUAUAUGUACGUCAAGGGAUGGUGAUAAGUUCUGGAGGAUGCCGGAAUGCUAUAUAAGAGGCAGUACAAUAAAAUAUCUAAGGAUCCCAGAUGAAGUAAUAGACAUGGUAAAGGAAGAUAUACAAAUGAAAUCAAGAGGACGUGGCGAGAUGAAAGGUCGAGGCCAGAAUCAGAGAGGACGUGGCAGUGGAAGAGGUACCUUUGGCAGAGGAGGAAGAGGUCCAGCACCAUUGGGUCGUGGGGGUAGUACACAAAUUGGAAACAAACCACAAAAUAAACCAAGACCUAAAUAAAACUAAAUAUUUUUAUUUUGCUUCAAUCAAAUAA